CACGAACCUACUAGGAUGUAAGGAUGUACGGAUGAGGACGUAGGCAAAGAACCGGGUAAACUACGGAUGAGAAAAAAGCCAUGACCGCUAUCUAUCUAAAGUUUUAGUAUCACCAAAUUUUUCCAACAGCCGUACAUUUGUCUUUCUUUUUAAUUUACCUAUUAGCUUGAAUAGCUCAUAACUCCCCACCGUCCGUAAUCGGCCUUAGUUGUAAGGAAGAGCGACACCGGACAGCCAUUGACCCAUUGCACGAACGUAAAAGUGCCGAAAUUCUUUUCAACUUCUCGUCGCAAAUAGGAACCGCGGCUCAAUUAUCCGAUACAGGAUUGUCGCGCAUGGAGCCUUCACAUGGGAUUCUGGGCGGGGCACCCGCUUCCAGCCCAACAACUGCCGUUCGGCCAGGUACAGGAGGGGCUUUCAACAAACGCAAGAGAAGUGCAGGUUUCGACAGUAGUCCUGGUACGGGAAACGAACAAGAGGAUGAAGAUGCAGAGAGAAGACGACAACCAGGUGUGAAGAGAGCUUGCAAUGAAUGUCGUCAGCAGAAAGUGAGUCACUACUUUUCCAGCAGGUGAAUAUAUUUGAAUAUACUCGCGAUGCGACUAUGCGACAAUGCGACGGCAACUCUAUGCAAUUGUCGGCCAAGGAAUCUUCAAUUGCUAAUUUGAGCAAUUUAGCUUCGAUGUGAUGUCAUUCAAGAUCCUUUUACCACCUGUUCACGAUGCAAUCGACUAAAGCUCGAUUGUAAGAUCGAGUCGAAUUUCAAGCGAGUUGGAAAACGAAGUAAACAUGCGGAGAUGGAGAAACAAAUCGAAAGACUUCAACGAACGGUAGCUCGUGCUCAACAAGCAGGUUUCAUUCUUGAAGAAGAAGAAGACCUUCAAUCCCCAGUCGCGAAUAGCAGCGUCUACCAACAUUCGAGAAACCAAUCAUACAUAGGAUCGGAAGAAGCUGUGUCAUCCCUACUUCAUCUCAAGCAAGGAGGUUCUUACAAUUUACCACAAUAUGCGAGACAAAUUGAGACCGUGGGCUUAACGGAAGAUGCCAUUAAUCAUCUGUUCAACGAAUUUUUUGUCGGGUACCACCCAUAUCUUCCAUUUCUUAGUGCAGAACAGACCUCCGACCAAUAUUAUCAGCAAGACCCUCUCCUUUUCUGGGUCAUUAUUACUGUCGCAGCACGUCGAUAUUCUGCGGACCCAAAUCUGUUGACCAUUCUUCAUGGCCCUGUUACUAGAUUGUUGUGGUCCAAAGUGGGUGAGGUUCCUAACAAUUACCAUAUUGUUAAAGCAUUGAUUUUGUUAUGUACCUGGCCAUUGCCUAUAAGUACAACCUCAUCGGAUAUUACGCAUAUCUUGUGUGGUGUAAUGAUGAAAGCUGCGACGGGUAUUGGACUACACCGACCAAAUAACACUCAAGAUUUUUCCAGGGUAUCUGUUGACCUCAACAGGGAGCAGUUGCAUGAUAGAGUAGUAACGUGGGCCGUCUGCAAUAUUGUAGCACAGAGUACGGCCACUGGAUAUGGACAACCAGCGUCGACAUUAUAUGAUUGGACGCUUGCAGUACGACCUGGAGAAGACGGGCCCUUUACAAUUUCUCCAGAGCUUUCAUCCCGCCUUACGAUCGAGAGGUUCUGCGAUAAAGUCUCAAAAGAAAUGUACAGCAAUGCCAACGAUCCUAGAGGUGUUGCUGGUGAUGAAAUUAGGGCUUUGUUGACUCGGGUAUACCGCCGGGAGUAUGAAGAGAUUCGAGUAGCAAUACUCUCCAGACAGAAUUUAUCGCCAAUCGUCGAUCUCCACCUUCGAGCUGCUGGACUGCACCUUCGUCUCUCGGCGUUCUUUGAUUCAAGUACCACACAGGGAUACUUGGACGAUUUGAUGGGCUUAUGGCGAGCUACUUAUCAAUUUUUAGAUCUCGUCUUCGAGCUUGAGACUCCUUCAUCUGACAACACUCAUGGCGGUAUCCUUCGGUUCGCCACAGGCUAUAUUCUGCAAAUGAUUAUUGCUGCUUGCUUUUCAUUACUCAAGCUACUCAGUUCUUUCUUCGCCAAGAUUAUGGAUUUCGACCGUGGCCGUCAAUUAUUUCAUCGUACCAUCUCUGCUAUUAGAACCAUGAGCAUUAUGAACAACGACUUGCCUUGGAGACUCGCCGAACUCAUGGUACAGAUGUACAAUGGAGCUCGAGUCGAGCAACGGCAAAUUGCACAAAUGAGCAAUGGCAACGAAUUGGAUUCAAGCUCUGUUGUCAUAGAUGAUAGUUUGCAAUUAAAGGUUAGAUGCAGGAUGAGCAUGAGUUUGGUAUUUGAUUCUAUUUGGAGAUGGAGAGAAGAGUUUCAGACUCAAGGUCGAAGUAUUGAAGGUCAGUGAUUCUUAUCAUGCUUUGCGCAACAACUUUGGUUCGUCGAAGAUCACCAACUGAAAGCUUAACACAGCAGCGAUCCGGAACCCGACCAAUCCCGAUAGUGCUAAUGAGUCAUCUGCCUCGUCAACUCACUUGGACAGUACUCUUAUUCCUUCAACUCAUCAGAUGCAGAACCAACUCCUCGCUACGGCUGGACCCGUCACCCCGAGCGAUGUCAUGACCGGCGCCAAUAGUAUGCUCGCCGGAAACAUAAACUAUGGCGAGACGAACUACGAGGUUUUCGAUCCUUUAAAUUGGAUGUUGGAUGGAUUGGUCGAUUUUCCAUACAGUUACAACGCUGUCCAAGGACUUGAAGCCAAUGGUUUGGGUUGAAAGCUAGAAACUUUCAAUCACCAAGCUAACUUGAAUAUUAGACCCACAUCACCCCUUCAAUGGUUACCUUCAGGAUAAUCUUUUCCUUUCGAUAAUUUGACCUCAUGGUUGCCUUGCUCUAUUAACACAGAGACGAGUGUUGAUCGAGACAGUUCACAAAUUUGCACGAUGACUCCCUUCAGAACUGCCUAUUUUAACUCUAUUACGCCAACAUUCAACUCUAAUUCUUAAUCCGGAUUCUUAUAUACUUUACUUUCUUUUACCUGCCCAGUUUCACUGCACCUUUCGUCUAAAUCCUCACGAAUUUACGACUCUUUCAAAUGCGCAUCGACGGUGGGAAUAAACCCCUUUCGGAUUUCUUUCGUUUCUUUAACCGACUUGGACUCGUUAAGCUGCAUGCAAAUACUAAAUUCAGUUCCAUCUGAAUGCCUGGUCGUGCCACUUUCGUUUCUUUUCUUCGAUCCUACAUGGGUUUUCCUGUGCUGGUGUGUCUUAUCACUAGUAUAAGAUAUCAACGGGUCGAAGUAACUUUCUUUUAGUAUUAUAUAUCCUUUUGGGACGGAGUUAGCGAUGGAUAAAACGGCGCUUCAGGGAAUUUUGCUUUCGACAAAUGGAAAGAGAAUCUUUGAUUUUUUCCAUUGCCUUUUCAAAUGGAUGGUUAGGUAGUGGAUGGAUGGCAAAGGUGUUAUAUUGGAUGUCGGGUUUGGCUAGGGUGUGUAGGCUAUUGGGGCUGCAUGGGGAUUUUAAGUUGGCUAGUAAUGGUUGAAUGAUAAUGCUUGGUUACAGGAAAUACAAUCGGAGGUUGCUAAAUGGAUGGGUAAUACGAUGGGAAGUCGAUUGAUCUAUUUGAAUGGUUGGCUAAGUGGUCGUAGAUAGGUGAAUAGUUGGUGUUUACUACUUCACAGAUGUAGAUGGCAAGAUCAGGUCAUAAAAACGAUUAUAUUCGAUUAGGGAGUUCAUUGCGUCUGU